AAGAGAAUAUUAGAAAUUAGGAAAUGAUUCAGAAAUCGUUUUGCAAAACAGGCUGUAAAGGGCCUUUUGGAAAAUUAACGUAAACUUGAAGGACAAGAGGCAAUAAUCCCAAAAAACCAAGACUCGUGCAACACCUAAUUCACGUCUCUCCAAACUCCAAGUGACGGAGCUAAGGAUGAUGAUGUUGAUGCCAAUUGAGUCUCACUUCUAAAACUAGGGUCUUUGGCUUCAGGUCUUCGCUUUUCGUCUCCGUUGGUAUGAUCAAUCAAACCGAUGAUAACUAUGAUGAUUUUUACUGUGUUUACUUUUUCUUGUGGAUACAAAGUUUGAUGCCAAAAUUGUUCUUUGUCUGAAAACUGAAAAAGCUGUUGUCGGUUGUUGCAGAAGUCGAACCUUUUGUUCUUUGGGUUUACGAUUAGGUCUUCUAAGUCUUGAGUUUGUGAGAUAAAACACGAUGAUGGGAUUUGGGUCUUAUGGUGGGAGCGCUCAUGGAGGAGGAUCUUCAAAUUUAUCAGCUUUAGCUCCACCUUUCACCGUCGACCGGUCCACCACAAAACCUACUGCCAACCCACUUGUUGAUUUGGGUGAACCCUUGAAUUGGGUUGAUACUAAUCCUUACACUUUUAAUUCACCCCAACCAGCUCAAUUCCCUCAGUUGGAUUUGGACCCAAUUCCCACUCCUUCCUAUAACCAAAAUUCGGAUCUUUUUGAACCCAAAACCUAUUAUCCUUCCUAUGUCUCACCAUCCCUUCAUGUGCCACCUUUCAAUGAGCAGAACUUGUCUGGCCUGGACCAUACGGCUCAAUGGGGUGGUGGCUUGUGGGAUUGGGAGAAAGGGAAGCCGGCUCAGCUUGGUGGGAGUUUUUAUUCGAAGGAGACGAAUGUAGCUCCUUCAUCUAUUUAUGCGGAUCAUAUCAACCUUGGAGCUCAUCCCUCCAAAAGCCUAAAGACAUGUGAAGAAACUUCACAAAAUAUUUAUUCAUUAGGAAGGGAAGAGCAAGUUGGACCUCCUAGUAUAGAAAAACUAGAUUAUAACCCUGUCCUGGGGCAAAAUCUUUCAUACAUGCCUAUGGAUUACUUGAAGACAUCAGUUAUGGGGUCCAGUUCAGCACUUCCUGAAGCUGAUAUGCAGGUACCUCCCUUAAAUCUAGUAAAUUGCAAGAACAAUCAAGUGCCAUUUGGAACUCCAUAUGAGAAACCUGUGAAACAGCACGGUACUACUCCGAGUGAUAGUAUACCUGCCAUGAAUUCUUCACCUGCUAUUGUUAUUAGACCACCAGCUGUUGAUGCCUGCCCUUCAGCAUCCAAUACUGUUUCAUUCAAAAAUGUUAAUCCUGGCAUCAAUGAAACUGAUACAAAUUUGACUGGCAACAAUCCCUCUAAUGUGGAGGAACCUCAUUAUUUGUUAAACUCUGGUAGCAAAUAUGAGUUUGACCCAAGUCAACUCAGCUUUCACCUUGGUGGAAAUUGUUAUUUGUCUGGGGAAUCAUCAGCAACGGAGACUGAAAAGCGUUCAACAUCAAAUAUGACUUUUAAGGAUGCCUCUGAUCAUUUGUUCAGAGCAAAAUCUGGAGUUACUCUUUCUCAUAUUAGUCCUGAUAAUUGCAGUUUGGCACUUGAUAAUAGUGAACCAGUCGAUGCUGUGGAGAAUUCUUUAGAGAGUUUAGAUCAUUACAACCCUCCUGUUGACUCACCUUGCUGGAGAGGAGCUCCAGCUUCUCAAAAUUCCCCUUUUGGAUCUUCUGAACCUGUUUCUGUGCAGCUUUUAAAGAAACUUGAUGCAUGGGAUGGUUCAAAUGGUCAAGCACUUAAAUUUAUCCCUAUAAAUUCUGCUAACGUCGUUAAACUUCCUUCCGCAAAACCAAGUGAAAUUAGGAUGACGGUUGAAAAUGGGAAUGUGGAAGAUAGUUCAGUCUCUUCUCUGAAAUUGCCUUCAGUCUCUAUCCCGUCAUGUAGAGAACAUCAACCUGGUGCUGGGAAGGCAGGAUCCUAUCACAAAAAAACAAGUUCUGCCUGUGAGAUGAAAUCCUCUGAUGAUGCAAGUGAACAGCAGAAAGAUUAUGUCUUCUUCAACAAGUCAUUGGAUGAGGUUGAGAAGCCAUCUUGCACCAUUCAACAUAGUCUUACAGAAGGUAGAUUUGCUUCUAAAAAUUUGCACAUAUCUGAGACUGGUGUUGCAGAUCUUGAGAUGAUGACAAAUGAUGUCUCAGGCUGUCGUUCAUCUCAUAUGUCAUGCCAUGCUGUAAAAAAUCUCUCGAGUUUGCCAUCCUCUGUAGAAAAUGUUUCUACUAAGCAUUCUAAAUGUGUAGGCAAAGAACCAGUUUCAAAUAGCCGCAUCAGUGUUCUAGUAGAUACAAUGCAUAACCUGUCAGAAUUGCUUCUGUAUCACUGCUCCAAUGAGACAUGUGAAUUAAAGGAAGAAGAUCUCAAGUCCCUUGAAAAAGUAAUCAACAAUCUUGAUGCAUGCAUGUCAAAAAAUAUUGGACUAGAAUCAGUUUUUGGGGAGCUUCAUGAGGGAACAAGUAAAGGAAGGCCCCAGGUGGCAGCUAGUGAUGUUCUGAAUCAGCAUGUACAAGAGAAAAGGAACCAUUCUGGUAAGAAAGAUGAGAGAUGUUCUGAUUUCGUUUCUGUCAAGAGUGGCACAGACAUAAAAGUGAAAAAUGAUAAGAUGACCCAGGCUAUAAAGAAGGUUCUUAUUGAGAAUUUUCAUGAAAAGGAAGAGGCACACCCACAAGUUCUCUUGUAUAAGAAUCUAUGGCUUGAGGCUGAAGCUGCUUUAUGUUCCAUCAAUUGCAUGGCUCGCUUUAAUAACAUGAAGGUUGAAAUAGAAAAAUGCAAAUUGGAAUCUGAAAAAGAUUUGUCAGAAGACGCACCAGAUGAGGACAAAAUAUGGAAUAAGAAAUUAACAGCAGUAGCUGAGAGUGGACCAACCUCUGCUGUUUCUAACCAAAAUUCUCCCAUCAAAAGCUCCAGCUACCAUACUGAUGAUAUAACAGCCAGAUUUCAUGUACUAAAACAGCGGCUUAACGAUUCAAAUUCUGUUCAUACUGGAGAUCUGGAUGAACUCUCCAGCUCCAAGCUUUCUUGGGAUUUGAAUGAGGUUGACAAAUUGGCAACUGAAGUAAAGGAUAGCUCAACACCAGGCCUGCCAUCCCUAAACUCCCCUGUACCAGGAACAGCCAGCCGUACAGAUGAUGUUGAAGCAUCUGUCAUGGCUAGGUUCGAUAUUCUGAAAAACCGUGGUGUUGACGAUUUGGAUUCUAAUGAGAUGGAAAGCAAGCUACUGCCAGAGGUUGUUGAUGUUGGAUUUGCAGGAAAAAGAAAGCAAAAGCCUAUUGAUAAAGACACAGCAGAGGAUGGAAUAUCAGGUGUUAAUCUGGAAUUAGUUUCACAGCACCAAUUGGCUAACCACGCUGGAGAACAGUUAGUUGUGAAGGAUUUUCAUCUAUGUGUCCAGCCCGACUGCACCAUUCACCCUCCUGGGGGCACCAGGCCUGGAAAUCAACUCUCUGCAGGUUGGUAUGACAGCUUUUCCUCAGACUGGGAACAUGUGUUGAAGGAGGAGCUUUCGGGUCAGAACAGUUGAAUCUAUAUUUAGUCCACGCUGUUAUCCUAUGGUGAAUGGUAUCUUGUCUCCCCUUAAGCAUUUGUAUAAAGUGUGUGGAAGACCAACUGUGAGUUACUCAGAACAUAACUGCUCUCCAACCUUGUAAAAAGCUGUCAAAACUUAUUUUCUUGUUUGAUUUGGGUAACCCUCUCCUUAAAGAUUUUAAAUUCUACUUGGUUUCGUAUUUGCUAGCUGGCAAAUGUAUUCUUGUGUGAAGUGGUCUCUGGCUGUUCAUCAUGGUAUUGGUCCAUUGAAAGGCAGAAUUUACAGGAUGCCACUGCAUAUUUAGAUUAACAGCUGCUGUGCAUGCAUGGAGUGUGAAUCAAGGCUUAUGUUAUAACAUCAUUCUGUUAAAAUCAAAACAAAACUCAUCGUGCAUAAUUCUUGGUGCCGCAUCAAACUAUAUGAACAUAAGUAAAUUUGUUGCAACACACUGGCUUUUCAUAAAUUUGUU